UGGAAGCAUUACCUCACCGUUCAUAUGAGGAAACAUGCAGGAGACCUCAGGURUUCCUGUGAUCAGUGCUCCCACCGCUGCCACCGUAUGGACCAGCUGAAGAGCCACAAGCUGCGGCACCAAACCAAGYCCCUCAUGUGUGAGGUCUGCGCGUACACCACCAGCUACAGACGAGCCCUGCAGAACCACGAGAACUGCAAACACACCAAGCUGAAGGAGUUCUGCUUUUGUUUCUUGUCAUCUUGAUGAGUCUUUAUUUUCUGGUCUCCCUCAGUUCUCUCACUCGUCUACAACUAAAACUAAACCUGUAAAUAUAACGACACAUCACUCCGGUUUUGUCCUUUUUGCAUUGGCUCCCUGUGGUUUUUAGAAUUGAUUUUAAAAUUUUAUYAUGCUUUCUUAUCUAUCUGAGCUUCUUACCCCAUAUAUACCAUCCCAUCAUCUCAGAUCCUUAACUAAACUAUAUUUCCACUCCCAGAGUUCGACUGGUGACAGGAGGAAGAAGGGCUUUUAUUGUUGGAGCUCCCAGUUUUGUCCCACUAAAUAUAAAACAGGCCACCUAUUGUCUUCUUUUAAAUCAUUACUUAAAACUUACUUUUAUAUUAAGGCUUUUAAUAUUAGAAUUUCUUUUGUAUUUUUAUUAUUUCAUUAUUAAAG